AUGCUUGAAGAUACCUUCAUCAAGCUAGGUGAACAUGAACUGUACUGGCGCGAUCGCUAUGAAUGGUUGAAGGAGAACGGGUAUGAACUUCGACCUCGUUUCCGGCCCGGGUGGGUUCCCUCCUGGCAAGGCAACCCCAAGACACUUCAGAUAUUCUGUGAAGACUCUUGGAGGCCCCCGCAUCCGUAUGUCAUGGAUGCGACCGACGUCCAUCCAUAUGAAGUCGACAUUUCAAGAUACUUCACUAGUUUGGGACCGAGUCCUGCAAACCACUGUGUCGCCAUUCUCGACGUGUUGACUCCGCCAAAUGAACCCAAUAUUGCUAUUCUUGUAACCCCUCUCCUGAGGGCUUAUGACCGUCCUCGUUUUGAUUCAAUAGGCGAGGCUGUUGAGUAUUUCAGACAGAUCUUUGAGUCGUCAAGCGUCAAUUAUCAGGCGCUAUGCUCAAGCGCUAGCUCGUCUGCGACCGUGAAAAGCUCCAGCUCAAGCACCCGAGCAAGCUCCUCUGUGAGCGCGUCAGCGUCACAGCCUGCCCAAACCGGCUUUGUCAAAACUUCUGGCACACGCUUCACAUUGAACGGCUCGCUGUUCACUGUCGUUGGCUCCAACUCGUACUGGCCCGCGCUUCUGGGAUACAACGCAGCCGAUAUCAAUCAGGCAUUCGCCGACAUUACCAACUCCGGCGCGACUGUUACGCGAACGAUGGGCUUCAACGAGGUGACGAGCGCGAGCGGGAUCUACUUCCACCUCUGGAACGGCAAGACGGCGACCGUGAAUACCGGCGCGAACGGCCUGGGGGCUUUUGAUACUCUCGCCUAG